AUGUACCGCGAGCUCUUCCGCACCCUCGCCAACCUCCCCCACACCCUCCCACCAAACCCCUUCCUGCAGAAGAAAAAACCCGCCCCAGAAAUAUCCCCCCUCGCCUUUAUCCCCUCCGAGCGUCUCCUCUCGCUCGUCUGCCGCGCCGAAGACCUCCCCGACCUCAUCGCGUUCGAAGAAACCGUCCUCUGCAUCUACGAAAAGGACCCCGCGCGGCGCGACCGCUGCUUCAUCGCGAACCACCCCGACGUUACCCCCAGCCACGAAGACAUCUGGCGGUUCACAGUUGAGUGUAAUGUCUACAUUGCUAGUAUGCAUUCCGCUGUACGGAAGCUGAAGGUGGAGUUGGAUGCUGUGGUUAAAGAGUUAAGGACUACGUGGUUGGCGGAGAGGGAGGCGUGGAGGUGUAGGGCUUUGAAGGCUGUCGAUGCGAGGGAUGAGGAUUGUCAAGAGGACUGGGAGGAGGACUUGUGGAUUGGGAGGGUGCAGAGGAUUGAUGAGAUGAUGAAGAUGCUCUAUGAUGAGAAGGAUUAG